GGCCCCUUGGAGCAGCAGCACUGCAGGAGUCCAUUCUCUUUGACUCCGUAUUUGCUACGCGUUUUCUCUUCCAAUCUAUUCUGAUCUUCUCUUUGCUAGCUUUCUUCCUUUUCCUGCUCUGCCUUUGGAGCUGGUUUCCCGCUCUUUGGCGGCCUUAGUUGCGGAUUUGCGUGAGGAAUGGGGGAGUCACCGCGGCCGACGGAGCAGUGAGCGGAUGGGGCGCGCCGCCAGGUGGUUGCGGGGACUUCUCCGCGGGAAGAAGACCGGAGUCGGCGAGCUCCCGGCGGAGCACAAGGAAAAGCGCAGAUGGGGGUUCGGCAAGUCCUUCCGGGAGAAGGAGCGGCCGCAGCUGCUGCAGCAGCAGAAACGGGGAGAGCCUCCGUCGCCGGCGGUAUCCGAGGAACGGAAAGGAUCGCACAGGGAGAUGCGGCUGCCGUACGAACGGGCGGUAAUGGACGAGGAGAAUCAGAGCAAGCGGGCGAUUGCCGUCGCGGCGGCCACGGCGGUGGUGGCGGAAGCCGCGGUGGCCGCUGCGCAGGCGGCCGCCGUGGUAGUGAGGCUGACCAGCAGCGGACGCCCGGCGGCCGGUAUCGCCGCUGGGAAGCAGGAGGCGGCGGCGAUCAAGAUCCAGUCCGCAUUUCGCGGUUAUCUGGCAAGAAGGGCGCUGAGAGCGUUGAGGGGGCUGGUGAAGCUUCAGGCAUUGGUCAGAGGCAACAUUGUUAGGAAACAGGCGGCUGAAACUCUGCGAUGCAUGCAGGCACUGGUGCGGGUUCAAGCCCGAGCACGGGCAUCCCGAGCCAUCGGCUCUGAGACUAGUGCAAGUGACAAACGCCCUCGGACUCAUGCCGGCCUUCCAACUGUCGAUCCGUAUGACCAAGCUGUUCGAGCAAAUGGUACCAAAUCUGAUAAUCCUUGCACUCUGAAGAGGAGUUCCUCCAAGUCCACUCGAAUGGAAACGGUUGAUUCUGACAGAGCAAGCGCUGCCGCGUGGAACUGGCUGGACCGAUGGAUGGAGGAGAGGUAUUGGGACAGCCGAGAAGCUGUCCGGAAGGCAGGAAGCUUCGUGUCGACGGACGAUGAGAAAAAUGCCAAGAUCCUGGAAGUAGACACCGGUAAGCCACAACACUCCGGCCACAAGAAGCAUCAGCACCAAUUCUCCAACUUAACUCCAGAUCACAACAGCCAUAGCUUCACCACGGCAGCGGAGUCGCCAUCUAAGCACUCCAGCGUCCAACACUCCGUCCCCAGCCCAGCCUCCGUGGACAUACACCAAUGCCUCGGCUCCUUGAUGUUCCCUGUCGAGGUCAUGGACUACGGCGAAAGCCCGCAGUUCUUCUCCGCCUCAUCUAGGCACGGCAAUGCGAGGAAGGGCCCCUUCACUCCUUCAAAGAGCGAGUGCGCGCGGAGCUUGUUCAGUGGUUACUCAGACUACCCGAACUACAUGUCAAACACAGAGUCUUCCAAGGCCAAAGUACGGUCACAGAGCGCGCCAAAGCAGCGUCCUGAGCUCGAAAAAACUGGUUCAACCAAGAGGUCAUCGGCUCAUGGAUACGGACAGCCCGUGGAAGGGGCAUUAGCUCAGAGAUCGUCUUCCCUGCAUGCCAAGUUCGCAAACAAGGCCUACCCGGGUUCAGGGAGGUUGGAUAGGUUAGGCAUGCCGUUGAAAAUUUGAAGGAAUAGUAGGUGUUGCUGUUUCAUAGAGUAUGGAUGUUUUUUUUUUAGUUCUUAAAUUUCCACUCAUUUCUUUGAACGACGAAUCGAAUUAACAACGUCUGGUAACUGGAACAGACUGUCAUGUAUCUUAAUGCUUUGUUCAUGUUAAGUAGGCUUCAAUCCCAGAGUUGAUGAAUUAAA